AUGGCCGUUCUAGUUGGAGCCAUUGUUGGUGGCGUGGCGGGUGGGGUUGCGGUGGUCGUGAUCUUGGUGUUCUUGGUUUAUUUUCGACGGAGAAUUACAAGAGACUCCGCCACGAACGUUACCAGCUCGGAAUCUAGUUCAAAGGCUCUGGAUUUUAGCCAGUCGGAAUUGUGCAGACAUUUCUCUCAGGAUGAGCUCAAAUCGGCCACGGCCGAUUUCGACGAGAGCUAUGUUAUUGGCAAAGGCGGUUUUGGAAAAGUCUAUCGAGCUUCCAUUAACGAAUCAGAUUGCAGCAUUGAAGACGGAGCAGCAAACAAUAGUAUUGUUGCAGUCAAGAGAUUGAACAGGGCGGAGUCUAGGCAAGGAGAGAACGAGUUUUGGAUGGAAAUCAAGAUGCUUUCUAAUCUCCGAAACCAAAACCUCGUCUCCCUAAUCGGCUACUGCAACGAAGAUGAAGAAAUGUUACUGGUCUACGAGUACAUGGCGAGAGGAACACUCGCGGACCAUCUCUACAAGGUUAACGAUGAUAAUCGUCCCAGUCUCUCUUGGGAACAGCGGCUCAACAUUUGCCUCGGCGCCGCGCGUGGAUUGCAAUACCUUCACGCCGCAAAUGUCAUUCACCGGGACGUCAAGACCUCAAACAUCCUGCUAGACCAAGAUUUGGUGGCAAAGAUUUCAGAUUUCGGGUUAUCCAAAAUCGGACCUGGAAACGAUUCCUUCACUCAUAUCUCCACAGACGUGAAAGGGACGUUUGGUUACUUGGAUCCUGAAUACUUCCUCACAAAGCGAUUAACCACGAAAUCCGACGUGUUUGCUUUCGGAGUGGUGCUGUUUGAAGUGCUCUCCGGUCGGCCGGCGCUGGACAUGAGACUCGUCGUGGAGCAGCACAGCCUCGCUACUUGGGCGGUAGAGUGCAUUAGAAAAGGAGAAAUUGAUCAAAUGUUUGAGGGGUGUUUGGUGGGGCAAAUGUCUCCGGCCUGCUCAGGGGCGGAGCCAGAAAAUUCCAGUUGGGGGGCCAAUAUGCUAGAGAAAAUUUAUCGUGUUAGUCGACAUUAUAAUUAA